GCAGCGGUGGGCUGAGCCAAAAUGGCUGAGGAGAAAGUCACUACGAGAACUGUAUUUCCUGUAUCUACUGAGUCUGAAAAACCCCGGCAGAAGAAAGCUCCACAGUUUCCUAUUUUGGAGAAGCAGAACUGGUUGAUUCAUCUUCAUUAUAUCCAGAAAGAUUAUGAAGCCUGCAAGGCUGUUAUCAAAGAACAGCUUCAGGAGACUCAAGGAUUGUGUGAAUAUGCUAUCUAUGUCCAAGCGUUGAUAUUUCGCCUGGAAGGAAAUAUCCAAGAAUCCCUAGAACUCUUCCAGACAUGUGCAGUUCUUAGCCCUCAGAGUGCAGAUAACCUCAAGCAGGUGGCCAGAUCUUUAUUUCUUUUGGGAAAACAUAAAGCUGCCAUUGAAGUAUAUAAUGAAGCAGCUAAACUCAACCAGAAAGAUUGGGCCAUCUUGGCAGCAGGCAGCAUGAUGCAGACCUACGGGGACUUUGAUGUUGCCCUCACCAAAUACAGAGUUGUGGCUUGUGCUGUUCCAGAAAGUCCUCCACUCUGGAAUAACAUUGGAAUGUGUUUCUUUGGCAAGAAGAAAUAUGUGGCGGCCAUCAGCUGCCUGAAAUGAGCCAACUACUUGGCACCCUUCGAUUGGAAGAUUCUGUAUAAUUUGGGCCUUGUCCAUUUGACCAUGCAGCAGUAUGCAUCAGCUUUUCAUUUUCUCACUGCAGCCAUCAACUUCCAGCCAAAGAUGGGGGAGCUCUACAUGCUCUUGGCAGUGGCUCUGACCAAUCUGGAAGAUAUAGAGAAUGCCAAGAGAGCCUACGCAAAAGCAGUCCACCUGGAUAAGUGUAACCCUUUAGUAAACCUGAACUAUGCUGUGCUGCUGUACAACCAGGGUGAGAAGAAGAACACCCUGGCCCAAUAUCAGGAGAUGGAGAAGAAAGUCAACCUACUCAAGGACAAUAGCUCUCUGGAAUUUGACUCUGAGAUGGUGGAGAUGGCUCAGAAUUUGGGAGCUGCUCUCCAGGUUGGGGAGGCACUGGUCUGGACUAAACCAGUUAAAGAUCCCAAAUCAAAGCACCAGACCACUUCAACCAGCAAACCUGCCAGUUUCCAGCAGCCUCUGGGCUCUAAUCAAGCUCUAGGACAGGCAAUGUCUUCAGCAGCUGCAUAUAGGAUGCUCCCCUCAAGUGCUGGAGGAACAUCCCAGUUCACAAAGCCCCCAUCUCUUCCUCUGGAGCCAGAGCCUGUGGUGGAAUCAAUUCCAACUGAAACAUCAGAACAAAUAAGAGAGAAAUAAGAAUAGAAUGAAUGACCCCAAAAUAGGGUUUUCUUGGGCAAGGAUGUGCUGGAUUAGGAAAGGCGACAUGACACAGGCAGAGUGGCACCCACCACAGAAUACAGUGUGUGUUAUGAUUACGAGGAGCCAGCAGUUGAGCCUAAGGUCCUUCUGCCUACCUGGUAUUGGCAUUUGAGGUCGGAAACCCUCUAUUGUCCCAUAAGCCAGGAAAAGUGAAAAGACAACACAGUUCUUUAAGAACUGGCAGCAAGGCUUGAGGCUCUGUGUAUGUAGCUGAGUCAGCAAGGUACAUGAUGCUGUCUGCUUUCAAAAGGACUUUUCUCUCCUAGCUGACUGACUCCUUCCUUAGUUCAAGGAACAGCUGAGACAGACCUCUGCUGAGUAGCCCUGUGAUGACAAAGCCUUGGUUUAACUGAGGUGAUCCUCAGGUUGUGAGGUUUUAUUCGUCCCCAAGGCAAACACAAAUAUUAGAUUAAUAAUCCAACUUUAAUAGUAUACAUUUAAAAGAAAAAAAACAAAAGCCCUGUAAGUUGAGGCCCAGCCUGCUGAGUAUUGCAGCUGCAUUUGCCUAAAGGGAAUCCAGAACAAGUCCCUCCCUGUAUUUUGUUCUUGAGAGGGGUCAGUUUAGGA